UCUCAGACACAUCAUGGUUGCUAUGGGAAAUGAUGAAUGCGUCACGAAACUGCUUGCCUUUCAUUUGUCAGGUGUUCCUCAAUAAAAGUGCUGCUCACACUUUGGGGUUAUGAGUUGUGCCACUGAACUUAUGCGAAACACAGAGCUAGGUAAGCUACCUCUUUUGUCUCAUUUAAAUGUUAUUUAAUUGUUUACAAUAUCAUACACUACAUGCUAUGCUAUGCUAAGGGCUAUGCCUUUUCAAUUUCUUUUCAUAAAGGAUAUAUCACUCACAGUCUGGCUAACGAUUACUAAAAAGUUCUCUUUCUUUAUAGUUCGCCAUGAAGUUUCUAUGGAUUCUUUUGAUUUGGGGUCUGACGGACAGUAUAGAAAGCGCUCGUCUUCACACCUCUGGCCACAGGUAAAGAGGAGGCUUCUUCUAUCGUAGAAAAUUAAUAUAUAAGGAUUCAACAAAAAUACAGCUUUCCAUUCGAAUUACCGGUACCCAUAGAGGGGAAUGCCAAAGACCGGAUCAUUCUAUAAAUCAAUGUAAGGCUUCCGAUGACUUGAUGAGCUCCAUGGUAUUUUAUCUACUACGCCAAGACAGGUGUCAGAUUAACGUUUCCUUUCGUAUUUGCUUUUGUGUGUGGUGGAGCAAUGAUAACGUAAAUGAAGCCAGAGCUACAACUAAUGAUUGGAGUUAUAUUUUACGCAGGAUCUUCUCCUCUCGGCUCCUCUGUGCACCGAAAUAUCGAACUACUGGCAAGAUUGAAUGUCAGUUCCAUUUGAGAAACAACGGUAAACAAGACUAUUUAGUCCUUAAAUGGCGUACACCGCUGGAUGGACUGAGAUCAGAUUGUCUGACAGUCACUACCAAUGGCAAGAAGCUACAAUACGAUGGUAUUUACCCGAAGCGCUCCGCUCCAGGCCCUGAUCAAUACUUGCUCGUCAAAGCUGGACAAACGGUGUUAUCUACGUUCGAUGUUUCAGAUGCGUACGACAUGACUAAAGCCGGUCUCUACUCUAUAGCAGUGGACACUUACUUAGAAUAUGUAGCGGGUAGGUUAUCUGACGUGCGGUUUACCCAAACUGAGAUAGAACACUUAUCUUCCCCUGCCGUAAGUUACGAAAUUUCCAAAGGAAGCUUCAUUGAGGGAACCUUGAGCGAAAGGGCGCGCCCUCUCAAAAGAACAAAUCAAUAUUCCAUGAGAGGUUCUUCUUCGGAAGACGAGUCUUGUCCCAAACUGGAGCAUUUUGUGGGAGUGGCGCCCGAAGCCUUAAAAUUAGAAACAAAAAAAGCCUUCGAGGCUGCGGUCCAAAACAUGAAAUCAGCCAUUAAAUGUCUUAAAGAUAAUCCCGCAAAGGGAAAACCUUGGUUUGGUACAGCCAUCGAGGACGCAAAAAUUCUGUUGAAGAAAACUGUUGCAAUAGUAGAUGACAACUGGCAUAAAACGUUUCAUUUUGGAGGGGAUCAAUGUUCAAACGAAAUUCUGGCAUACAGUUUUCAUGGAGCUUGCACUUUGUACCUCUGUAAACUGUUUAGCGAGCAGAAAACGGAUACUGGUUAUUACAGUAAAAUGGGCAUUAUAGUUCAUGAACUGACACACGCCAUAAGCAACACCACUGAUGAUGAGCACGGCCCAAUAAGGGUACAAAAGCUCGCCAAAGCCAGUCCUAAACGCGCUGCCUUAAAUGGUGCUAAUUUUGCGCAUUUUGUGGAAAGUUUAACCAUCAGUAAGUCAUGCAAAAGUUUCUGA